AAAAAUUUACAAACAUCGCGAAAGCUUCUCCCAACCAAUCUCAUUGUUCAAUUCUACUAUCAACCAACACUUGUGUUGAUAUUUAUCGUAGGUGAUGAAGUGUCUAUCACUCUUAUUACUGGGUUCGCGCAACGAAUUACGCACCUCCAGUUGACCUCUACACCUAUCCUUGCGACUUUGCGACUUAGGAUUUACGAUUGCGCAUUUUCCAGAGUGAAGAUAGAAAUCAAAGAAGAUGGCCACCACCACCAUCACGACAAGUGCGGCCAUGCCGGCUAAGCACCAGGUCGUAGACAAGCUACCGAAGAAGUUUAAGCAGAUAAAAUUCGGCAUUCAAUCAAAUCAAGACAUCGUGAACCAAGCUGUUUUGGAGGUUUCCGAUAGAACUAUGUACGAUGUUGGCAGGGGUAGAGAGCCAAUUCAGAAUGGUCCACUUGACAAGCGUUUAGGUACAUCCAGCAAGACUGGCAUCUGUUCAACAUGUGGCCUACGACUACAGGACUGUACCGGCCACUUUGGUCAUGUCCGACUACCGCUACCUGCCUUUCACAUCGGCUAUAUCAAGUUUACUAUAACCAUCUUGCAGAACAUAUGCAAAGACUGCUCGCGAAUCCUGUUGACUGAAGCGGAACAACGAAUGUAUCUUAAAGAGCUACGGCGACCUUUCAUCGACAAUAUGCGCAGGGUUGCCAUCUGCAAGAAGAUCAACGAGCAAUGCCGGAAGACAAAGAAUUGUCACUACUGUGGAGCAGUCAACGGUCAAAUCAGGAAGGUUGGAGCUCUCAAGCUUGUUCACGAUAAGUUUGUUGCCUUCAACAAGUCAACUUCGCAGAAGAAACAGCCUCCAGCUAGUAAGAUUGAAUUCGACAACUCCUUUUUGGAAGCUAAGAAGCACGUCCACGAUCUCGAGAAGCAUAUGAGGAAAGCCUUUGAGGAUCUGAAUCCUCUGAGGGUUCUGAAUCUAUUCAAACAAAUCAAUCCUACGGAUUGCGAGUUACUUGGCCUUGAUCCCUCCGAAGGACGACCGGAGAUGUUCCUAUGGCAGUACCUCCCAGCCCCUCCUGUUUGUAUUCGACCCUCUGUUGCUCAAGAGGGUGCAAGCAACGAAGACGAUCUAACAGCCCGACUUAGCGACAUAGUCUGGGCUUGCGGCCUCAUUCGCUCCGCAUUAGAAAAGGGCACACAGCUCCAAACCAUCAUGGAACAGUGGGAAUACCUGCAAUUGCAGAUUGCUCUCUACGUGAACAGCGAUGUUCCCGGUCUUCAGAAUAGCGGUGCGAGAACAUCGAGGGGUGUCUGCCAGCGCCUAAAAGGCAAGCAGGGGCGAUUCCGUGGUAACUUGUCCGGAAAGCGUGUCGAUUUCUCUGGCCGAACCGUUAUCUCUCCGGAUCCGAAUCUGGCUAUUAACCAGGUAGCUGUACCGGAGCUUGUUGCGAAGAAUCUCACGUACCCUGAAAGAGUCCACCGCAAAAAUAUCGACAAGCUAAAGCAAUGUGUCUUGAACGGCCCAUAUGUGCACCCCGGAGCUCAGGCGGUCCUGAAGCAAGAUGGCGAGCAGUCAUUCAAAAUCUCUCUUAGAUUUGCUGACAAAGAAUCUGCCGCUAGAGAUCUACGGGAAGGGGAUAUUGUUGAGCGUCAUCUCGAGGAUAAUGACAUCGUCCUUUUCAAUCGUCAGCCAUCGCUCCACAAGCUUAGUAUCAUGAGUCAUUUCGCAAAAAUCCGGCCGUGGAGAACAUUUCGUUUAAACGAGUGUGUUUGCGGACCUUACAAUGCUGAUUUUGACGGAGACGAGAUGAAUCUCCACGUGCCUCAGACGGAAGAGGCUCGUGCCGAGGCCAUGACUCUCAUGGGGGUCAAGAACAAUCUGGCAACGCCAAAGAACGGAGAACCGAUUAUCGCGGCAACGCAAGAUUUCAUUACAGCGGCCUAUCUUCUAAGCAGCAAAGACAAUUUCUUUGAUCGGAAAACCUUCACCUAUAUUGUUAUGCAAAUGAUGGACGGUGAUACUCAUGUUGACCUGCCACCCCCUGCUAUUCUCGCUCCUAAACGGCUUUGGACGGGGAAACAGAUCUUCAGUCUGCUUAUGAGACCAAAUAAAGCAUCGCAGGUUAAAGUCAAUCUCGAUGCUAAGUGCAAGGAAUAUGUGGAACCGUCACCACCGCCCCCAGGUCAAAAGCCAAGAGCACCAGACAUGUGUCCGAACGACGGAUGGCUCGUCGUGCGAAACUCAGAAGUUAUGUGUGGUAGGAUGGACAAGUCUACAGUUGGCGCGGGAAAGAAGGAUUCCAUAUUCUAUGUGAUUCUAAGAGACUUCGGUCCCGACGAAGCUGUGACGGCGAUGAACCGGCUAGCCAAACUGUGCGCGAGAGUAUUGACAAAUCGUGGCUUUUCGAUAGGCAUUGGUGAUGUCUUCCCUACAGCCUCUCUCACUGAAAAGAAGCAGGACCUCGUGGCAGACGCAUAUAAAAAGUCGGACACUCUAAUCGAACAAUUUAACUCGAACAAGCUGGAAAAAGCUGCUGGCUGUAGUAUGGAAGAGACGUUGGAAAACAAAAUUUCCGGCACCCUCAGCAAAGUUCGACAGGAAGCCGGAGACUACUGUAUUCAGACGCUUAGUAAGAACAACGCGCCUUGGGUCAUGGCCUCAUCUGGUUCCAAGGGAUCGACUAUCAACGUCGCUCAGAUGGUCGCUAUUGUCGGACAGCAAAUUAUCGGAGGACAACGUGUCGCCGAUGGUUUCCAAGAUCGAACUCUCCCACAUUUCCACAAAAAUGCUCGUCAAGCUCCUGCAAAGGGCUUCGUACGUAACAGUUUCUAUACUGGCCUCCUCCCAACUGAAUUUCUAUUCCACGCCAUCUCUGGAAGAGAAGGUCUAGUUGAUACAGCUGUCAAGACUGCCGAAACUGGAUACAUGUCGCGCCGUUUAAUGAAAUCGCUCGAGGAUCUUUCGACCCAAUAUGACGAUACUGUUAGAACAUCUGGCGGAGGUGUAGUGCAGUUCCAAUUCGGCGCUGAUAAGCUAGACCCCGUGGACAUGGAAGGCAAAGCCGUGCCUGUUAAUUUCGAGAGAACAUGGUCCCACGCUGAAAAUCUCACUUGGGAUAACUCGGAUAGAGCAUUGCUACCGUUUGAGAUUAUGGAGCUUUGCGAAUCUAUUCUCAAAAAGGAGCGCGACCACUACCAAAGACGAGGACUAUUGCAUGGAGAACCUCUAGAUUACCGGGAUAAAAGUGACUACGCUAUCGACGAACACGAAGGUGGCCGAAAGUUCCUUGAUACUGUCCAUGAACACAUGGAAGGAUUAGCUAAAAAAUUGGCCGCUUUUCGAGCUGCUGCAGGCCUUGAUGAGCUCUUUGAGAAACCCACAGAAUCUCUAGCUGCAAUCCAGAAGAAAGAAAAGGAGUUAUUCCCAAGGCUUGCCUCUGAGAGAGUUGUAAAGGUCUCUGAACGCACAGCCAGAAAGUUCAUUGGUUUAUGCUUAGAGAAAUACUCUAAGGCCCGUGUUGAACCGGGACACGCUGUCGGAGCCGUCGGUGCACAGUCCAUCGGCGAGCCAGGAACGCAAAUGACCCUGAAAACUUUCCAUUUUGCUGGUGUUGCCGGAAUGAGUAUUACCCAAGGUGUACCGCGUAUCAAGGAAAUCAUUAACGCCUCUAAAACAAUCAGCACUCCAGUCAUAUCGUGUCCUCUAGAAAACGAGGAAGACAUGGAUGCUGCACGCAUUGUAAGGGCUAGAAUUGAGAAGACUUAUAUCGAGGAUGUUCUUCGAUAUAUGGAUGAUGAAUUCAAGGCGGAUAGAGCGUUCAUUACCCUACAUAUCAACACCGAAACUCUUGAAGGAAUGCAUCUUAAUAUCAGCCUCGAUGACAUCGCCGACAUCAUCGCGAAACAGAAAAAGUUGAAGAUACAAAGAACUAAUAUUUCUGUCUUUGAACAAGAUGCAACUAUUGAAGUUACCAUACCACCCCCAGAUUCGGAUCCUUCGGCAGCAAAACGAGCACCAAGAAGCAAGGCAGCAAUUGCAGAAGCCAUGGCAGACAUAAUGGUGAAAAUGGGCCAGGUCAAACGUGCGUUGCCACUAAUCACAAUAUCCGGGUACCCAGACGCUACUCGUGCAAUUAUUCAAACGUCCAACGAUAAGAAAGUUAAGGACAGGAAAUACUACACUGUCCUAGUUGAAGGUUACGGCUUGCAGCAAUGUAUGAACACUGAGGGUGUUGUUGGUAAGAAGGUUCGCACGAACAGCGUCUUGGAGUGCCGCGAUAUCCUCGGCAUCGAAGCGGCGCGAACCACCAUCGCCAAGGAAAUCUCCGACGUCAUGAACGAUAUGGGUAUCGACCCCCGACACAUGGAACUGCUCGCCGAUGUCAUGACCUACAAAGGCGAAAUCCUGGGUAUCACCCGAUUCGGUCUAUCUAAGAUGCGCGACAGCGUGCUACAACUCGCGUCUUUCGAAAAGACGGCAGACCACCUCUUCGACGCUGCAGCUGGCAUGAAGGCUGAUCGCAUCGAGGGCGUCAGCGAGAAGAUCAUCAUGGGUCAGACUAUGUCGCUCGGCACCGGCGCCUUCCAGAUGGUCCGCUACCUUGGCCACCAGGACAGGCAUUUCAGACAGCUGCCUACUGUCUUCGAGAACGCAUGGGCGGAGGAGCAUGAGUGGUCUUAUAAGGGGAAACGCAAGUGAGAGAUGUUUAUUUGAGCUACGCAUGGGAUUGGAGUUUAAAAUAGGCGUAUGCUAUGGAAUGGCAAAAUGGUCGGCAUGUUGGGCUUUGGCUUUUUGCGGUUUGUUUGAUUUGGGUGUGGUUUAGUGUUUUAUAGGGGAUGCGAGGUCUGUAGGUAGUUUAUACGAUGGGAUUCUAUGAUUUAGGUCCUUAUUGAGAA